AUGUGCCCAUUUUAUGAAGGAAAAUUCUAUACAUCAUCCAAGGUGGCCCUCGAGGAGUUAAAAAAAGCACAACGGUUAGGCACCGGCACGGAAAGCUUCGAUAAGAAAGAUAUAAUACGUAUUAUGUUUCGUUGUCCGAGCGUCUCCGCUCUUUCUGGUGUCGACAUCGGCAGAGGCUGGUGGUGGGCAUUACAGAGGAGGCUUUUUCAGGUCGCGGUUUGGACCGACUCCGAGGAUGCACGCAUUGACAAAAAUCUGCUUUUAUUGUCAAAUGAUGACAAGGAGUCGGAUUCAUGUGGUCAUUUCCCAGCUUCCCUUCUGUGGCAAGCUCGGUCCUGGUUCAGAGCGGCUUCGUGCAUCUACCGGAUUUACGUCUUUGAUAAGGAACAAGGCAGCACGGUGGAUGAACCUCUUCCACAUUUAUUACUACGCUGUAAACAGAGUACCACAGCAUCGAAUAAUCUGGGGAUCGAUACCGAUACUCUGAUGCUGAAUCAGCGGUGGACUAAACGCGAACCAAAGAAAUUUCUCGCACUACAAAGGGGACACAAGCGCUGUAACAUUCCAGGGUCCCCGCCUUCGCCGAUACCCCGCCCGAUGCUGGUCUUCCUGCGUAGGAUAUGUCUCGAUCCUCUAGGCAGAUACUUGCUGUACCGCCGAUCUUGUCCUCCGACACGGAAGCUGACGUAUACUGGAGCCGGUAGCACCAGUUAUAUCAAGCUGGUGCCUCCUCCCAUCACCGUCUGUCAAGCUGUCAUUGGCCAACAAGGUGUACACAUAACAAGAUGGAUUUUCAUCUCCGAAUUGAGGAAGGUCGCCGCACUUUGUCUUCGACCCCAUUGGGUUACCGAUUUAGACGGCGCCUAUUAA